AUGGAGAUCCGGCAGCACGAGUGGCUCUCGGCCUCCCCCCACGAGGGCUUCGAGCAGAUGAGGCUCAAAAGCCGCCCCAAGGAGCCUUCACCGAGCCUGACCCGAGUGGGCGCGAACUUCUAUAGCAGCGUCAAGCAGCAGGACUACAGCGCCAGCGUCUGGCUUCGGAGGAAAGACAAGCUGGAACACUCCCAGCAGAAGUGCAUCGUGAUCUUUGCCUUGGUCUGCUGCUUUGCCAUCCUCGUGGCCUUGAUAUUUUCAGCCGUGGACAUUGUGGGAGAGGAUGAGGAUGGACUCUCAGAAAAAAAUUGUCAAAAUAAAUGUCGAAUUGCCCUGGUGGAAAAUAUUCCUGAAGGCCUUAACUAUUCAGAAAAUGCACCAUUUCACUUAUCACUAUUCCAAGGCUGGAUGAAUUUACUCAACAUGGCCAAAAAAUCUGUUGACAUAGUGUCUUCCCAUUGGGAUCUCAACCACACCCACCCAUCAGCAUGUCAGGGUCAACGUCUUUUUGAAAAGUUGCUGCAAUUGACCUCUCAAGAUAUUGAAAUCAAGCUAGUGAGUGAUGUGACAGCUGAUUCAAAGGUAUUAGAAGCCUUGAAAUUAAAGGGGGCCGAGGUGACGUACAUGAACAUGACCGCCUACAACAAGGGCCGGCUGCAGUCCUCCUUCUGGAUUGUGGACAAACAGCAUGUGUAUAUCGGCAGUGCUGGCUUGGACUGGCAAUCUCUGGGACAGAUGAAAGAACUUGGUGUCAUCUUCUACAACUGCAGCUGCCUGGUCCUAGAUUUGCAGAGGAUAUUUGCUUUGUAUAGUUCAUUAAAAUUCAAGAGCCGAGUACCUCAGACCUGGUCCAAGAGACUCUAUGGAGUCUAUGACAAUGAGAAGAAAUUGCAGCUUCAGCUGAAUGAGACCAAAUCCCAAGCAUUUGUAUCGAAUUCUCCCAAACUCUUUUGCCCUAAAAACAGAAGCUUUGACAUAGACGCCAUCUACAGCGUGAUAGACGAUGCCAAGCAGUAUGUGUACAUCGCCGUCAUGGACUACCUGCCCAUCUCCAGCACAAGCACCAAGAGGACAUAUUGGCCAGACUUGGAUGGAAAAAUAAGAGAAGCAUUAGUUUUACGAAGUGUGAAAGUUCGACUCCUCAUAAGCUUCUGGAAGAAAACUGAUCCUCUCACAUUUAACUUUAUUUCAUCUCUUAAAGCUAUUUGCACUGAAAUAGCCAACUGCAGUUUGAAAGUUAAAUUUUUUGAUCUGGAAAGAGAAAAUGCUUGUGCUUCAAAAGAACAAAAGAAUCACACCUUUCCUAAAUUAAAUCGCAACAAGUACAUGGUGACAGAUGGAGCAGCUUAUAUUGGAAAUUUUGACUGGGUAGGGAAUGACUUUACCCAGAAUGCUGGCACUGGCCUUGUUAUCAACCAGGCAGAUGUGAGGAACAACAGAAGCAUCAUUAAGCAACUUAAAGACGUGUUUGAAAGGGACUGGUACUCGCCCUAUGCUAAAACCUUACAACCAACCAAACAGCCAAACUGCUCGGGCCUGCUCAAACUCAAAUUCCCCUCAAACAAAACUGCCAGCUACAACACAAGUGGGAGAGAGCCCUUGAGUGUGCAAUGAGAACAAGCAAACUGACCAAACAGCUCUGAAUUUCUUAUUUAUACCUACAGGACCUGAGGAGAGGAGUGAAGAACAAUUUAAUAUGUCUUUUUUUUUUUUUAGGGAAAAAGCACACUUACAAAAAAUGUUCUCUGAACAUGUGAUACCUAACUAACAGUAUCUUAGCGCCGUAUAUACUGCAUUGAAGACUUUUGUAUUUGUUACUUCAGACAGAGAAUGUCAUCCUGGUUUAGACGUUAGUUUUUACAAUUGCAUACAAAUUUUAAGACUUGGAUACUUGCUUCCUGUUCCUCUUUGGUCAUAGGACCCCUUUCCUGCUGACCCACCUGCUCAGUUCUUAGGAAGCCUCGCAUGAGGCGAGUGCUUUCUUUAAUGCAAUUCUGAGAUCUGGUUCUGGACGUGAAGGGGGAGAUUUAGCAGAAGAGACUGAGGACUCCAAGUCUCUGUCCUCGUGAACCCUCUCCAAGACUCGUACAGUCAGCUAAGCAUGAGCAGUUUAUAUCUCAUGCCAGCCUUCAGAACCCUUGAAGAAUACCAAUUUUACUUCAUUUUCAUUUUCUCUCAAUACCACAAUUUUUUUUUGCAUCACUUUCUCUUACAGAAUGUUCUUAUUACAUAGCAUCCCUGUAUCCACCUCAACAUUAGUUCCAAGUGUGAUAACAUCUUUUGAAACUGUAUGAAUUCCUCAGAAUAUAUAAAGUGGCAGUGUUUCAUUUUCAACUUUCAGCUGCAUUUUCCCCAUAUCAAAUAGAUAUUUUCGAACCACAGCCAGCAAUAUGUAUCCUUUCUCUCAAGCUCAGAUAAAUUAUGCAGUCACCUGCUAAUAUCCAGCAAGCUAUUAGUCUGCAUUUUGAGAAUAAAGUAGUUUUUCAC